AUCCCCAGAGAGCGCAGCAUCAGUACCACAAGUCGGAGAAGACCGUGGUGAGACGCCCCUCAGCUCUGCUAGCCGGUGGGAACCACAGCCGGAGCUUUGCCAAUGGUAGUGCCGGCCCCAGCCUCUCCCCGUCGAGAGCGGAUUGCCGAAAGCCUUUGAGGACAUUUUAAGGAGUAAAAUCCUACCAAGAGGAUAAAAAUCUGCAGCUUACCAGGAUGGCAGGAGCCUCAGUAAAAGUGGCAGUGCGGGUGCGUCCCUUCAAUUCCCGAGAAAUGAGCAAGGAUUCCAAAUGCAUCAUACAAAUGACAGGAAACACCACAACUAUCGUUAAUCCAAAGCAGCCCAAAGAGACACCCAAAAGUUUCAACUUUGACUAUUCCUACUGGUCUCACACAACUCCUGAAGACAUAAAUUAUGCUUCACAAAAACAAGUGUACUUGGACAUUGGAGAGGAGAUGCUGCAGCAUGCUUUUGAAGGUUAUAAUGUCUGCAUUUUUGCCUAUGGCCAGACUGGGGCUGGCAAGUCAUAUACAAUGAUGGGUAGACAAGAGAAGGACCAACAAGGCAUAAUUCCCCAGCUGUGCGAGGAUCUCUUCUCUCGAAUCAAUGACACAACAAAUGACAAUAUGUCCUACUCAGUGGAGGUGAGUUACAUGGAAAUAUACUGUGAACGUGUACGUGACCUCCUCAAUCCCAAGAAUAAAGGAAACCUGAGGGUCAGAGAGCACCCACUCCUUGGACCAUAUGUUGAAGAUCUCUCAAAACUAGCUGUUACUUCAUAUAAUGACAUUCAGGAUUUAAUGGACUCUGGAAACAAAGCAAGGACAGUAGCAGCCACUAACAUGAAUGAAACCAGCAGCCGCUCGCAUGCGGUUUUCAAUAUUAUCUUCACUCAGAAGAGACACGAUGCAGAGACAGACGUCACCACUGAGAAGGUCAGCAAAAUCAGCUUGGUGGAUCUUGCAGGAAGUGAACGGGCUGACUCCACAGGAGCAAAAGGCACCAGACUUAAGGAAGGAGCAAAUAUCAAUAAAUCACUAACAACCUUAGGAAAAGUGAUCUCUGCUCUAGCUGAGAUGGAUUCAGGACCAAAUAAGAAUAAGAAGAAAAAAAAGUCAGACUUUAUUCCAUAUCGUGACUCAGUACUUACUUGGCUGCUCCGAGAAAAUCUAGGUGGUAACUCCCGGACUGCUAUGGUUGCUGCUCUCAGCCCUGCUGAUAUUAAUUAUGAUGAGACUCUCAGCACCUUAAGAUAUGCAGAUCGUGCUAAGCAAAUCAGAUGCAAUGCUGUCAUUAAUGAGGAUCCCAACAACAAGCUGAUCAGAGAACUUAAAGAUGAAGUGGCUCGUCUGAGAGACCUGUUGUAUUCCCAAGGCCUGGGAGAUAUCAUAGAUACUAAUCCUGUUCCAGGAGGACCCAAAUUGACCAAUGCCUUGGUAGGAAUGAGCCCAUCCUCCUCACUCUCCGCUUUGUCCAGUCGAGCUGCCUCAGUCAAUAGUCUACAUGAACGCAUCAUGUUUGCUCCGGGUAGUGAAGAAGCCAUUGAAAGACUCAAGGAAACGGAGAAGAUAAUUGCGGAGCUGAAUGAAACAUGGGAAGAAAAACUGCGUAGAACAGAAGCAAUUCGUAUGGAGAGAGAAGCUUUGCUGGCAGAAAUGGGAGUAGCUAUGAGAGAAGAUGGUGGUACCUUGGGGGUAUUUUCUCCUAAAAAGACACCACAUCUGGUCAAUCUAAAUGAAGACCCACUGAUGUCUGAGUGCCUUCUCUAUUACAUUAAAGAUGGAAUCACCAGGGUUGGUCGAGAAGAUGGUGAAAGAAGACAGGACAUUGUACUUAGUGGCCACUUCAUCAAAGAAGAGCACUGCAUAUUCCGAAGUGACACUAAAUCUGGCUGUGAAGCUAUUGUGACCCUGGAACCUUGUGAGGGUGCAGAUACUUAUGUCAAUGGAAAGAAAGUAACAGAACCCAGCAUCUUAAGAUCAGGAAAUCGCAUCAUCAUGGGAAAAAGCCAUGUAUUUCGAUUUAACCAUCCAGAGCAGGCACGGCAAGAGAGGGAACGAACGCCUUGUGCAGAAACUCCUGCUGAACCAGUAGAUUGGGCUUUUGCCCAGAGGGAAUUGCUAGAGAAACAAGGCAUUGAUAUGAAGCAGGAAAUGGAACAGAGGCUUCAGGAACUAGAAGAUCAAUACCGAAAGGAAAGAGAAGAGGCUAAUUAUCUUCUGGAACAACAAAGACUUGAUUAUGAGAGUAAAUUAGAGGCUUUACAAAAGCAAAUGGACUCAAGAUACUACACUGAAACUAAUGAGGAAGAGGAGGAGCCUGAGGAUGAAGUUCAGUGGACAGAGCGAGAGUUUGAGUUGGCACUCUGGGCCUUUAGGAAGUGGAAAUGGUAUCAGUUUACAUCUCUUCGAGACCAGCUGUGGGGCAAUGCCAUUUUCUUGAAGGAGGCCAAUGCAAUCAGUGUGGAACUGAAGAAGAAGGUUCAGUUUCAGUUCGUACUCCUUACAGACACCUUAUACUCACCUCUGCCUCCAGACCUGCUCCCUCCAGAUGCUGCCAAAGACCGGGAGAAACGCCCUUUCCCAAGGACCAUUGUGGCAGUAGAGGUGCAGGAUCAGAAAAAUGGAGCAACCCAUUAUUGGACUCUGGAGAAACUCAGGCAGAGGUUGGACUUGAUGCGGGAGAUGUAUGAUCGGGCAGCUGAAGUACCCUCUAGUGUUAUAGAAGAUUGUGAUAAUGUGGUGACAGGCGGAGACCCCUUUUAUGAUCGCUUUCCUUGGUUCAGGCUGGUUGGCAGAGCAUUUGUGUAUCUCAGCAACUUGCUAUACCCUGUACCUUUGGUCCAUCGUGUUGCCAUUGUCAGCGAGAAGGGGGAAGUUAAAGGAUUCCUGCGGGUAGCAGUUCAGGCCAUUUCAGCUGAUGAAGAAGCACCAGAUUAUGGCUCAGGAGUGCGGCAGUCAGGAACAGCUAAAAUUUCCUUUGAUGAUCAGCACUUUGAGAAGUUCCAGUCUGAAUCCUGUCCUGCAGUGGGAAUGUCUCGCUCUGGAACAUCACAAGAGGAGCUGCGCAUAGUAGAAGGACAGGGACAAAUUACUGAUAUAGGGCCAUCGGCAGACGAAGUCAACAACAACACUUGUGCAGCCACUCCAGAAGAUAUUCUCCUGGAGAGUUCCGAGAAAUCCACAGUUGAUGGAUCUUUUGAGGCAGCUUUGGAGCACUUGAAAUUGGGCAGCAUUUUCACUUUCAGAGUUACUGUUCUACAGGCCUCCAGCAUCUCAGCAGAAUAUGCGGACAUCUUCUGCCAAUUUAAUUUUAUUCACCGCCAUGAUGAAGCCUUCUCUACCGAACCCUUGAAGAACACUGGCCGAGGCCCACCUCUUGGUUUUUAUCAUGUUCAAAAUAUUGCAGUUGAGGUCACUAAAUCGUUCAUUGAAUACAUUAAAAGCCAGCCAAUUGUCUUUGAGGUGUUUGGCCACUAUCAGCAGUAUCCUUUCCCCCCUCUCUGCAAGGAUGUACUCAGCCCCCUAAGACCAUCUCGCCGCCAUUUCCCUCGCGUCAUGCCAUUAUCAAAACCAGUGCCUGCAACAAAAUUGAGUGCCAUGACAAGACCCAGCAUUGGCCCAUGUCAAUGCAAGUAUGAUCUCAUGGUUUUCUUUGAGAUCUGUGAGCUGGAAGCUAAUGGCGACUAUAUCCCAGCUGUUGUGGAUCAUCGUGGAGGAAUGCCUUGCCAUGGGACUUUCCUAUUGCAUCAGGGUAUCCAGAGGAGGAUUACAGUCACCUUGGUGCAUGAGACAGGAAGCCACAUCCGCUGGAAGGAAGUGAGGGAGCUGGUUGUGGGUCGAAUCCGGAACACUCCAGAAGGAGAUGAAUCCCUCAUUGACCCCAAUAUCCUCUCUUUGAACAUCCUCUCUUCAGGAUACAUCCGGCCCUCUCAGGAUGAUCGGCAGUUUCUUGAUUCGGAUAUGCCUAGGACUUUUUACCAGUUUGAAGCAGCGUGGGAUAGCUCCAUGCAUAACUCUUUGCUCCUGAAUCGUGUUACCCCUUACAGAGAAAAAAUCUACAUGACCCUCUCUGCUUAUAUUGAGAUGGAGAACUGCACUCAACCUGCUAUCGUCACCAAAGAUUUUUGUAUGGUCUUUUACUCCAGAGAUGCCAAACUCCCUGCUUCUCGAUCAAUCCGCAAUCUUUUUGGAAGUGGAAGCCUUCGAGCUUCAGAAAGUAACCGUGUGACUGGGGUCUAUGAGCUCAGCCUCUGCCGAGUUGCUGAUGCUGGCAGUCCAGGUAUGCAAAGGAGAAGAAGGCGUGUGCUGGACACCUCUGUAGCCUACGUACGAGGAGAAGAGAAUUUAGCUGGGUGGCGACCCCGUAGUGAUAGUCUCAUCUUGGAUCAUCAGUGGGAACUGGAAAAACUGAGUCUUCUACAAGAAGUUGAGAAAACAAGACAUUAUCUGCUCUUGCGUGAGAAGCUGGAGACAACUCAGCGCUUAGGUCUGGAUUCCUUGUCCUCAAGCUCCAGUGAAGAUUCUGAUUCCCGUAGCACAUCAUAUGUCUCAUCUCCAAUCUCUGCAGAUGGUACCCCAGAAGGGAGGCCUUUACCUCUUGAUAUUCCCAGUGAGAGACAGAAAGAACUUGCAGUCAAGUGCUUGCGCCUUCUUACACACACUUUUAACACAGAGUACAGCCAUAGCCAUGUGUGUGUCAGUGCAAGUGAGAGCAAGCUAUCUGAAAUGUCAGUGACUCUGCUGAGAGACCCCUCCAUGUCAGGCCUUGGUAGUGCAACUUUGACCCCCUCCUCAACCUGUCCAUCCCUGAUCGAAGGCCAUUAUAGUGCUACAGAAGCCAGAACUCUCCAGCUCUCUUCCAGAGUAGAAAGUCCAGAAAUUGAGCUCACCAUCGAAGGAGAGAAGAAGAAAUCUCCUGUUUGUGGGCCCGAGGAUGAUAAGGAAAUCCAGCGCCUAUUGGUUCCUGAUAUUCAAGAGAUUCGGGUCAGCCCUAUUGUCUCCAGAAAAGGCUACCUACACUUUCUGGAACCCCAUACAAAUGGGUGGGUGAAGCGCUAUGUGGUGGUGAGACGCCCCUAUGUGUACAUCUAUAACAACGACAAAGAUUCUGUGGAGAGAGCAGUCCUCAAUCUCUCAUCAGCUCAGGUGGAAUACAGUGAAGACCAGCAGGCAAUGCUAAAAACCCCUAACACUUUUGCAGUGUGCACUGAACAUCGUGGAAUUCUGCUACAAGCAAGCAAUGAUAAGGACAUGCAUGAUUGGCUGUAUGCAUUUAACCCUCUCCUGGCUGGAUCAAUAAGAUCCAAAUUAUCAAGACGAACAACAACCCAGGCAAGAAUUUAACUUAAAAGAGCUGCCCAUCUCAAAUAAUCCAGAAAAGUGAAAUAAUGGGUGCUGUUGGAA